GUAUUACUGUAACACCCGUUCGAUGAGAUGCCUUUAAAGAUAACACCCACUCAUGGAUUACAAGUCAAAACCACAUGUGUAUACUUUCUGUGAGAUUUCGCGCAGGGACCGUUAUGAGACCGGAUCGCAAAUGUACACACCUCUGCGCUGAGGUCACACACUGGGCGAUUAAUUAUCAGUGAGACAUGUUUUUAUUUCACCGGAAGUCUGUUCCGAAGGUUAUUUUUAAUCGUAUCCCACUUGACUCUACCAGUAAAUAUGUGAGGCGGUGAUAAGAGUCGAACCGGAGGCGGAGCUUUAACGGAACAGCUGGAGCCGAUGAUUCACGGCGGAGUGUCGUUAACGGGAGCUGAGCGCCAGUUCCCGAGCAGAGCGCAUCAUCAUGGGAGCGAGCAUGUUCUCUGUGUGGCUGGCCUGGGUUUGUAUCAUGCGCAGCUCUGCCAUGCUGUCACACGUGGAAAAAUACGAGGUGAUCAGACCUCAGAGACUUCCAGGGAGACACAAGAGGAGCCUGGGGGACAACCAGCUUUAUCCUGAUACGCUUCGGUACGAGUUGACUGUUGAGGGAAGGAACCACACCAUUCAUCUGGAGAAAAACUGGGAUCUUAUUGGGAAAGGCUACACUGAAACAUACUAUUCAGAAGAUGGAGAACGGGUGACAACAUCGCCAAAUGAGGAGCACUGCUACUAUCACGGUCAUAUUGAAGGCAUGAACGACUCUUCGGUCAGUGUUGGGAUUUGUUUCGGCAUUAGUGGCUUUGUGAGAGCCCGGCAGCAAGUCUACCUGAUCGAGCCUCUGGGCCGGUCUGAGGAUGGAGACCAUGCAGUUUACAGACAGGAGCACCUGAAGAUCAGCGGCAGGGCCAAGUGUGGCUCCUUGUCCAACACCACCACACCGUACGACCAGGACCGGGACCAGGGCCCUCAGCUCGCCGGGCUCUUCAGGUCCAGAGCGUGGAAAUCUAAACCCAUUGAUGGGCCACAGAAGUUUGUCGAGCUGUUUGUGGUGGUCGACAACACUGAGUAUAAGCGAUAUGGAAGCGAUACUAAAAACCGCAUUCUUGGAGUUGUAAAUCACAUUGACAAGCUGUAUCGAUCUCUAAACAUCCGAGUCAUGCUGGUGGGCUUGGAGAUUUGGAUGAACAAGGACUACAUCUACGUUGAUCUUAAUUCAGAGAAAACUCUGGACAAUUUCCUCGUGUGGCGGCAGGCCGAUCUUCUGAAGAGGACGAAGCACGACACUGCUCAGUUUGUGACUGGCAAAGAUUUUGAAGGAGACACCGUCGGACUGGCUAAUAAGUUUGCCAUGUGUACUGGAAACUCAGGUGGAGUCAAUCAGGAUCACCAUGAUAAUCCCAUCGGCCUCGCCUCCACCAUCGCUCAUGAGAUGGGACAUAAUUUUGGCUUGUCUCAUGAUGAUGCAGGUUGUGUGUGUGGUCCAUCAUACAGUGGGAACUGUGUGAUGGCAGAUAAACUCAGGACAGGAAGUCAAUCGUUCCCAGAGUUUUUCAGUGACUGCAGCGUGCAGCAGCUCGCUGAAUUCAUGGAGCGCGCUCAGCCCAGCUGCCUCUCCAAACCCUCGAGCUCAGUCGAGACUAUCGCUGUGGUCCCUCGUUGUGGCAACGGCCUGCUUGACCCCGGGGAGGAGUGCGACUGUGGCACUGUGGAGGAAUGUAAGAGCCCUUGCUGUGAUGCCUCAACUUGUCGCCUGACUGAAGGAUCUCAGUGUGCUCAUGGACAAUGCUGUGACAACUGCCAGUUCAAACAGGCUGGAAGUGUAUGCAGAAAGUCAGCCAGUGACUGUGACCUGCCUGAAUACUGCACCGGAGCGUCGGAGGAAUGUCCUGAAGAUAGCUUUGAGAUGAACGGCAAACCCUGCUACAACCAGGCACAGGGCUACUGCCACAACGGCCAGUGCCCCACAUAUGAGCAGCACUGCUGGAGGCUGUUUGGACCAGGGACCAUAGUUGGAUUAGACAUGUGUUUUGACCUGAACAGACGGGGUGAAGAAGGUGCUAACUGUGGAAGAAACAGAUAUGGCUACAACCGCUGUACACCUCCGAAUCUCAAGUGUGGAUCUAUAUUUUGUGGCGGAGGGGGUGAGUCCAUCACAGGUAAAAGGGCAGCCUACACUGUGCGUGGCAUAGAGUGUAAAGUAGCCGUGGACGACGAUAAGACCAGAAACAUCGACAUGGUGCCAAAGGGAACCAAAUGUGGACCAAAUAAGGUUUGUCUCGACAACAGAUGUGUGGAUUUAUCUGUUUAUGGAGCGAAGGAGGAAUGUGCUAAGAAAUGCAACAACAAUGGGGUGUGUAAUCACAAGAAGGAGUGCCACUGUAACCCUGGCUGGGCUCCACCCAAUUGCAACAUCCAGUAUACAGAUUUACCUCAAGGUCAGACUGGGAUAAUAGCUGCUGUGUGUGCAGUUCUCUCCAUCCUUCUGGUGAUCACUGUGGUGAUCGCGGGACUGAUGUGCUGCAAGAAGGACAACAUGGACAACUACACCUCAAAAAGGAAAGUGCAUUCAGCUCCAGACAGGCUGAACCCCAUGUUCCAGGAGUCCAGUGUUAAAGACAGACCUCAGAUCAGUCAGCCCACUCUAAUGGCUUCGACAGCGACACAUGCCUGCGCUCCUCUGGUUGUUACUGUGACUCCCAGCAGACCCGCUCCUCAGCCACCAAAGAAACUGCCCUCAGCGUCGCCUACCUCAACAACUGAGCAGACAAAACCUCAACCUCCAUCCAAACCUUUACCUUCUCUGAAUAAACCACAGUACACGGCGGCCAAACCAAGUCCCCCUCCUGUCCCUCCAGUCAAGCCCAGCCCUCCUGCGGCUGCCAGAAUCAAACCGUGCACUCCUCCUGUGCCCCCAGCGAAGCCACAACCUCACAGACUCACAUGAAACUCUCAUCAAAGUAUCAUUAAAGUAUCGAGUUUGACCAAAGCAGAAGACAUUCACCGUGUGGUCAUACAUAUAGACAGGAGGCAGACGUGAGUCAGAGGCCAGAGAGUUUGGAAACUCUUUGCCUUGAAAGCCUUUAAAGACGUCGUGUGUGACCGCAGCUUCACCGACUGAGAAUGUCUUUAAUGACCAGCAGCCUCACAGCUGCUGUGGAAAAGUGAGUUUUUUGGGAGAAAACUCUCCAUUAACUGCUGCUGCAGUUCAUCGUUUGUCUUUCUGAUAACAAAAUCUAAUGUUACUAUAAGUUAUUUUAUUGCACUUUUACAUCUGUGAGCAAGAUGGUGCUUACAUGAAAAUGUACUUUUUAAGUAUUUAUUUAAUGUUUGUGUGAGGGACUGUAUGAAAAUUAUAAGAGGGAGGAAGGAGAAUCAAAAAGGGGGAAAAGGGUUUUGUGUUUUUGCUUUUUCAUGAAGGGAAAGUCAUUUUAAAAUUCUAUAUGCACCUUAAACCUGCCUUUUAAAUAACUUCUUCUUAAUGUUCUCGAUUUGUCAUAGUAGGUGGCACUGCACCUUUAAGUUGGCAGGACUAAGUGUUAUUUAAAAAUGUCAUUGUCGUUUGGAACAAUGAGCAUGUUACAUGCUUCUCAUCUUACUGAUGCUGAUGAGUUCAACUUCUUAGUUAACAAAAACCAAAACAUGUUUUGUUGCUCGAUGGUAGCGAGGCAUUUCAGUUGGUGCUGUGAAAGUAACCGGCCCUGUACGUUGGUUCACAUCUGCCAUGAAACAGCAACAAAAUGGAGUAAAUUAGAUGCAGUAACUACGUAGCUACUAGCGAGAAGAUGACAGACGUGAGUGAGACAAUCCACCCGCACCUGAAAAGUUAGCUAGUUAGCUCGACUGUGUGGUGGAUUUUUAUGAUUCUGCAAAUUCUCUAAAGAAAAUGCAAUGAUAUUUUAUCAUGAAUCAUUCGGCCACAAUGAUUGUGUAGAGAAAAUGUGAUAUUUUGGCACGAACUGCAUUAACAGAUUUUUCUGCCACUUUAAAAAACAGCUACAUGCCUAAUAAAUAAAUACCUUGAUCUCGUUAGCAACCUAACUAAGAGAGCAACAGUUUUACUGGAGUUGAUAAAUUCAAGAUAAACACUCACUCUCUUUUUUCUCAGUUUUUGGUCUCCACCAACUGUGAAUGAAAUUCUCUGGUCCUUAAGCUGCUAAAUGCUCCACAACAUUCACCAGCUAGUCUCACACUGUGUCGGCCUGUUGUUUGGGGUUCAACAGGUAGUUCACAGAGGGGUUUUAGAGCUUUUUCUCUUCCUGCGCCACAACGGUGGACAGCUAAACAAUGAGCUCAGAUUAACUGUACCAAUUGAACAUUAGUGGUCCGAGGGGAAGGACUCCACCCAACCCCACCCUGAUAAUUUUCCUACAGUCCCCACACUGCCUGAAGCCAGUCUGUGCCUUCUUCCAGGGUGAUGUUGUUUCUCUAUGCACUGUACUUGAAAUCCUCUGAAUGGUACGCUCAGUAUGGGAGGCGCUGCACAGUUCAGAUGACCUGUGUGAGUGUUUUACUGAAACUCUUACAGGCUUCUUUGUUUGUUUUCAGUUAGUACUACUUGUUUUUUUUGUUUUUUUUACCAAUAUGUUUCAGUGGCAACAGUAACAGGGUUUUAUACGUUUUAAAUUAAGUUGUAAAUUAUAAUGUAAGUUGGCAUGAUCACAUUCCUGUGUUGGAUGUAAAAACCUGAUCAAUUCCAGUGUCGCUUUCUGUCCUGAUGAUCAUGUUGCUUCAUCUGAUUACACAAUCAGCGAGAAACAAAACAUGACACCAGACUUAUCUGGUUUCCUCAGAAGGUUGCAUAAUAAUUAAACUUUUUUUUUUAUUUCUUCUCUCUGA